CGCACAGCUUCCCUGCUCUCAUAGCUGGAAGCCCCUCCAUCUUUACCCCCCCAUCUCCCUCCCUCCCUCGCAACAACUUCUCUUCCUCUCACGUCUUGGGAGAUCAGUUUUGUUGUCGUGGCCUUGCCUUGCCUUAUCUUGUAUCGCCUUGCCUUAGUCAAUAGUAAUUAGUUAUGGCAAGCUUUCUAUCCAAUAUGUUUCCUACUCAGGCAGUCAAAGACGGGAAGUCUUUCCCGUCAGAACUUCCUGCCACGCCCACCAAGAACAACUUCAUUACUCCCAUCUCGACACCCCUAGGCAGUCCAAGCAAGAGAACACUUCCUCCAGGAGCCAAUGAGCUUCCUAGCGCCUUUGACAGUUCCUUGAAAUUGAAUCCCGUCUCCCUUGAUUCUCCCGUCGUGAAGCUUGGUAGACCUCAAAGUGGUGCCCCUCUAUCACCAACCAAAAGCAACCUUCAGCCCGCCGACGAUGGGUACUUUACCACAGCUUCCCCUAAUGUGGAUAAUAGCGUCAUCCACAAGAGCGGAGAUUCUCCAGGCACCCCAUUGAAGAAGCAGGGACAAGAGAACACGCCACCGUCUAGAAUCCCCGUGCGGGACUCUGUGUACCAGCACAAUCAAGCUGCUCUAUCGCGCCAAGAGCUCUAUCAACUUCGUGACACCAAGACAGCAACGUCUACCACCAAGAGAUUUAACACCACUCGCGGUCUGACGCCUGAAGAGAUGGAAAUCUUGAAGAAGCCCAACGUGCGCCGUCUAGUCAAUGUCACCCAGCUAUACUUCCUAGAUUAUUACUUCGACCUACUCACCUACGUCGGCGCCAGACAGACACGACUGAACGCUUUCAAGGCAGAAGUGCCCGCACCGCCCGAGACCAACGAAGAAGAAUAUAACAAGUUGUGGCAGAAGUACACCGGAAGAGAGCGGGCCGCCCUCCGCAAACGCCGCAUACGACUUCGACAUGGCGAUUUCCAGAUCCUCACCCAGGUUGGUCAGGGAGGCUACGGGCAGGUAUUCCUGGCUCAGAAGAAGGAUACCAAAGAAGUUUGUGCUUUGAAAGUCAUGAACAAGAAGUUGCUCUUCAAGUUGGAUGAGAUUAGGCAUGUCCUUACGGAGAGAGACAUCCUAACCACCGCCAACAGCGAGUGGCUAGUUCGCCUCUUGUACUCCUUCCAAGAUGACAAGAGUAUUUAUCUUGCCAUGGAAUACGUACCUGGCGGAGAUUUCCGAACACUAUUAAACAACACGGGCGUCCUAUCCAACCGCCACGCUCGCUUCUACAUUGCCGAGAUGUUCUGCUCCGUGGAUGCACUCCACAAACUAGGCUACAUCCAUCGCGACUUGAAGCCUGAGAACUUCCUCAUCGACUCGACAGGCCAUGUCAAAUUGACUGACUUUGGUUUGGCUGCGGGUAAUGUCGCGUCAUCAAAGAUCAACUCAAUGCGUAUCAGGCUUGAAAAGGCUUCCGAGACAGAUGUGCCAUUCGGUAAGGCCAUGGAGCAACGAACCAUCGCGGAGCGUCGAGAGGGCUACCAGACCAUGCGUGACAGGGACUUAAAUUAUGCAAAGUCCAUAGUAGGAUCUCCGGACUACAUGGCUCCUGAAGUACUCCGUGGCGAAGAGUACGAUUAUACGGUUGACUACUGGAGCUUAGGAUGCAUGUUGUUCGAGGCUCUCACAGGAUUCCCUCCUUUUGCAGGCUCUACUGCUGACGAGACCUGGCACAAUUUGAAGCAUUGGAAGGAGGUGCUCAAGCGCCCAGUUUGGGAAGACCCUAACUAUUUCCUAAGUAAUCGUACCUGGAGCUUCAUCACUACGUGUAUCAAUUCGAAAUCGAAGCGGUUCACCAACAUUAAGGAUAUUAUCGACCACCACUACUUUGCAGAAGUAGAUUGGAAGAGCCUCAGAUCAACCAAGGCUCCCUUCGUCCCAGAGCUAGAUUCGGAGACCGAUGCUGGUUAUUUUGAUGAUUUCACCAACGAAGCUGACAUGGCCAAGUACAAGGAAGUCCAUGACAAACAACAGGCUCUCGAGAGCAUGGCCGAUCGAGACGAGUCAAUGAACAAGGGCCUCUUCGUCGGAUUUACUUUUCGCCACCGCAAAGCUACAACGGAAGAUGGUAGUCCGAGAAAGCGGAUCCAGACCGAGGAGACGUUUGGCACGAUGCUUUAGUGUAGGCGUCCGCUGUCUAAAUUCAGAAGGCGUUGAACUGCUUUAUUUGACUCUAAUGAUUCCAUCCUUUUCUUUUUUCUU